AUGCUUGGCAUGAUUCGUGCUUUGCGGUCCUUCUCUAUGGCCCCCGUUCGCUCAGCCGAUUUCUCUCACAUUGUCAUCGGAGGAGGAGUGGUUGGCGUUGCUGUGGCUGCAAAACUCCAACAGUCGGGCCAGAACGUGGCGCUUCUAGAACAACACCCACAACUUGGAAUGGAAACCACCUCUCGCAAUUCCGAAGUGAUCCACGCUGGACUUUACUAUCCGCCCGACUCGCUCAAGGCGCGCUUGUGUGUGCGCGGGAAGGAGCUUCUUUACUCUCUAGACCCGCGCGACGUGCCAUAUUCGCAGUGUGGAAAAUGGGUCGUUGCGCAGUCGGCGCCCGAAGAAGAAUAUUUGGCGCGGCUAGAAAGUGCAGCCCGCGCUCUUGACAUUCCUGUCAAUCGGUUGACCUCUAACCAAUGUAAGGCAAUCCAUCCCCGCAUUCGCGCUAAGCAUGGUGCCCUCGAGUCGCCCUCGACCGGAAUCGUGUCGGCGCAUGCGUUGACCGCAUAUCUCGAGGCGAGCUUUUUGGAGCAAGGCGGCUUGGUGUCGCUCGCGACCCGAGUGGAGGCGCUCGAACGCGAAGCCUCUCUUGCACAAUACCGCGCGCACUGUUUGGAUGUUUCAGGCGAGCGCUUUGAAAUCACAGCCGACUGUGUAAUUAAUGCUGCUGGACUCCAUGCGCCCACGGUCGCCAACAUGGUUCUUCCGCCUGAGCGUCACUUUCAAGCUCAUUUCGCCAAGGGAAGUUAUUUUUCGUACCAGCCAGAGUCGCCAAGUGGCCAGGUGACAACGAGGCUCAUCUAUCCAUGUCCUUUGCCGAAUGCAACCGGCCUUGGCACCCAUUUGACUCUUGAUUUGGGCGGACAGAUUCGCUUCGGACCAGACUUGGAGUGGCUUGAUGCCACAGAUGCGAACGACUUGGACUAUACCGUGGCACGUACUAAUAUCGAGGCGGCUCAGAGGGCCAUUUCGGGGUAUUUUCCAGAGAUCCAAGUGGGUGAUUUGCACCCAGCUUACUCCGGCGUUCGGCCUAAAAUAUCCGGUAGAGAGGAAAGCGCUCGAGGCUUCAGUGACUUUUAUAUACGUGAGGAGUUACCUGGGUUCAUUAACAUGAUAGGUAUCGAAAGUCCAGGCUUGACAUCAGCAAUGGCCAUCGGCGAACAUGUGACGGCGAUGUUGAUGUGA